AUGCUGCGACGGACCCUGCUGUUGUGGGGUGGGAAGCCGCCGUUGGUGCGGUGGCGGCCGCUGGACGUGUCACACUUCGACGUCUGCGUCAUUGGCGCCGGUCCCGCCGGCAUCGCCUCCGCCCUUCGUGCCGUCAACUACAAGAAACGCGUCUGCCUCAUCGAGGCGAAACGCGUGGGCGGCUGCGACUUGUGGAACGGCGCGCUGCAGUCGAAGAUGAUGUGGGAAAUGUCAAACUUUUUUGCCAAGGCGAACGGCAGCGCUGCGCUGCGGGUGUACAAAACCACCAUCUCGAGCUUCAUGGAGCCGGACGAGAAGAAGAUGCGUGAGUCCCUUGUGCGUGGCAGCGAGAUCCGCGAGCAGCAGAUCCUCGAGGUACUUCGGACGGCACAGGUGUCGGUGUUGUACGGUGGGGCCUUCUUUAUUAGUCCGCACGAGGUGGAGGUGCGCAACCGGGAGACAAAGGAGUACCGCACUGUCACGGCGGACUACUUCAUCAUCGCUACGGGCUCCACACCGAACGAGCACCCGUACGUGCAGACAGACCGCAAGCAUGUGGUGACGUCGGAUGAGCUGAUGAUGAUGCCGCUGCCGAAGAGUAUGGUGAUCGUCGGCGCCGGCGUGCUCGGCAGCGAGUUUGCCGCGAUCUACGCCCGACUCGGCAAGACGAAGGUGUACCUCAUCGACAAGGAGCGGUGCAUCCUGCCGGGGGAGGACGAUGACAUUGUGGAAAAAAUACAGCAAGCGAUGGAGGCCGACGGGGUGGUGAUUCACCGGGACUCCGUGCUGUACCACAUGCGGACCUGGGAGGAGACGGACGCGGAGAUGCAGGCGCACCCGGAGGACCCUGCACGGCGCGGCGGGGUUCGCUACAGCAUCAUGAACAAACGCACGCGGGAGAUUGCGACGUACGAGGUGGAGCGGGCCCUCAUCGCCAUUGGGCGGGCGCCGAAUUACAAGGGCCUCGGCCUGCAGAAUGCGAAGUGCAGGGUGCGGGAGGGCGCCCUUGUGCUCGACCCAUUUGGCAAGUGCGCCGACCACGAUCAUAUCUACGCCGUUGGGGACGCGGCAAACGACUCCAAACUGGUGAGUGUUGGUGAGACGAAGGGGCGCCUUGUGGUGGAUCACAUCUUUGGCGUACAGCCCACGGUGCCGCUGCAGCAUGACUUCACGCGACUCAUCUUUAUGGGCAUCACCGUGGCCUCGGUGGGCAUGAAUGAGAAACAGUGCCGAAAGAAGAAUAUAUCAUACAGGAUGGCGCGGUACGGGCUUGAGCUCUGCAGCCGCACCAUCGCCGCCGACAACACCAACGGCUUUGUGAAGAUUAUUACCACAAAUGAUAGCAAAAAGAUGUUGCUGGGCGUUCGGGUGUUAGGGAUGAACGCGAGCGCCAUUAUCGAACUUGCUGCGGCGGCGAUUCGGCGCAAGCAGUCGGCAUAUGAGCUGAGCAAACUUCUCACAGCGUACCCGUCCGUGUCACAGGCCUUCCUGGAGUGCCUCUGCGUCAUCUUGGACUCCUCCACGCUGAAGCCGGGCUCCUUUCCUGGCCUUAUCUGCUACGAAUGGACACCGCCCGACUACGAACGCGGUCGGGCCUACGCCUCCGCGUCGGGGACGGAUAAUGUGCUCGCCGAGUGUCCGGCGGCCCCGUAUGAAGGGAGGAACAUGCUGGAGGAGAAGCGUUGCUUCCGUGAAAGGGCCUCCUACUUUUCAACAGCGGAGCUUCGAGCGGCGAAGAAGGUGGCAGAGGCAGUGGAGCGUGGCGCUGUCGCCCGUGCAGAAAAGGCGUCCAUUGACGCACCUGCCUCCGACGGCGGUCCCCUUCACCCCGGCUCUUUCUUCUUUUCCCUUGGACAUUUUUGA